AUGGGGACGACUAUUAUAGCCAUCGAAUUUGAUGGUGGCGUGGUGUUAGGAUCUGACUCCAGGGUAUCUGCGGGGGAGUCUGUGGUGAACCGAGUGAUGAAUAAGCUCUCCCCUCUUCAUGAUAAGAUCUACUGCGCCCUGUCGGGUUCGGCUGCUGACGCUCAGACUAUCGCAGAGAUCGUGAACUACCAGCUGGACGUGCACAGUGUGGAGUUAGGGGAGGACCCCCUGGUUUGCUCUGCAGCCACCUUAGUGAGGAACAUUUCCUAUAAGUACAAGGAGGAGCUGUCUGCACAUCUCAUCGUCGCUGGCUGGGACAGGAGGGAAGGAGGACAGGUUUUUGCCACAUUGAAUGGACUCCUGUCCAGGCAGCCCUUUGCAGUGGGCGGUUCUGGAAGUUUCUACGUUUACGGAUUUGUCGACGCUGAGUACAGGCCCGGGAUGAGCAAAGCAGAGUGCCAAGAGUUCGUCAUCAACACCCUCUCCUUGGCCAUGAGCCGAGAUGGUUCCAGCGGGGGCGUGGCCUAUCUCGUUACUAUUGACAGCAAGGGCGUGGAGGAGAAAUGCAUUCUGGGAAGUCAACUGCCUACUUUCCAUGAUACAUGA